AUGGAAGAUGCAAAAAGUGAACAGGCAGUCAAGCCAAUGAGUGGACAUCUGAGAGACCAGCCAGUGUUUUUACAAAUUUAUGGAAACACGCGAAAGUUACUGGUGCAUUUACGAGAAGGAGGACUUUCAACUGAAAAAAAACCUCCGAAUUUCCGGGACAACCACGAUCAUAAAAACAUGAGAAAAUGUUCGAACGAUUUAAACCGGAGCAUGUUUCUUGGCAAGCUGCCAGUUCUCAGUCAAACCUCGCUUUAUAGAUGGUUUGGGUUGGUUGCAACUGCUGGUCGAGGGUUAUCUUGCAGCGUGCUGGUUUGCGUGAGUAGUGAUUCGGUCUGA